AUGACUACGUUAUUACAAAAGAAUGGAAUGAAAACAUUGCAAAAUGGAAACAAUAGUUUACACCAUAAUAUAAAUCAUCAAGUACAGAAUUUAGACUAUGCCCUAUGUGAAGAUGCAACUGUUAAAGAUGAACCACAGGAAUUACCAAUACCAGAAGAAAUUUCAACAGGUGAUCCAGAAAUAGACAUUAUAAUCAAUAAUGUGGUGUGUAGUUUUAGUGUAAAGUGUCAUUUGAACUUGCGUGAGAUAGCAUUGAAUGGAAUGAAUGUUGAAUAUCGAAGAGAGAAUGGUAUGCUAACUAUGAAACUGCGUAGACCCUAUACAACUGCAAGUAUAUGGUCAUCUGGUAAAAUAACAUGUACAGGAUCAACCAGUGAAGAUCAGGCCAGGAUUGCUGCAAGGAGAUUUGCUAGGUGUUUGCAGAAAUUAGGUUUUAACAUAAGGUUCAGCAAUUAUAGAGUGGUUAACGUUUUGGGUACUUGUUCAAUGCCUUUCGCAAUUAAAAUAACUUCGUUUUCUGAACAUCAUAAAGAAGCUGAAUAUGAGCCUGAACUCCAUCCUGGAGUUACUUACAAACUCAAAGAGCCCAAAGCUACUCUUAAGAUAUUCUCUACUGGAAGUGUAACAGUAACAGCUCCCAGUGUUGCAGGCGUACAAGCAGCGAUUGAAUAUAUAUUUCCUUUAGUUUAUGAAUUUCGAAAGGAACGAACAGCUGAAGAACAAACUGCUCUUGCUUUGAAAAAGUUGAAGCAGCAAGAAAUAGUUGGUACUGUAUAUGUAGAAAAUGAGAAUAGCAAUGAUAAUGUUUGGUAAUUGUUUAAGAACUGUAUAUUUAAGUGUUUAUUUAUUUAUUUUCAGUCAUUUUUGAGAUAUUAACCAUUUUUAUUGAUUUCUAAGUGUGUAUCAUAACACACUAAAUGUUUUUAUUUGGUAUAAUCUCCAUUGCCUAGUUUCUUUUUUUAAUAAAUGUUUUUGAAAAUACUCUUGAAUAAUAAUUGUAAUUGAAAAUCACUUGGAUAAUAAUUGUAGAUAGAAAACCAAAUUAGUUUAUCAAAAAAGACUUGCUGUGAAAUAUGUUUCUUUAUAAAGUUCUAAGUGUUUCAUGUAACUCUCAACUUUUUCAACUAUCCACUAGAAUGGAUUCAACAUUAAAAGAAAUGAAAUAUUUCAAGUUUUUCCCUGAAAAAAUAUGUAAUAUCUCUGAUUUGUUAAUUGAAAAAUACAUUCAUCUUUAUAUGAAAAUAAAUAUGUCAGAUGCCUAGUUUAAAGUUCAACUUGCAAGACGUUAUCUAUAUCAAUUGUUGAUUUUCCAAUUUUCUCAGAAUUAGAUUGGUGUUGGAUAAAUUGUUCCAAAAUUUUAGUAGGAACAUGGAAAUACACUACUUGAAACUGAAGAUUCUGAAUGUUUCUUAAGAAUAAACUAUUCUUUUUUAAUCAGAAAUUUCACUGUGUUAUUUCUGAUGAGAGCUUUAAAAAAAUUUAUUUUCUAAUUUUAAUUUGGAUUUAUACAUUAUCGGAAUGAAUAGUGAGAUUGUUGAUCACUAAUAAAGGAUAUCCGAAUAGAUACACAGAGAAUUUGAAAUAAAUCGGUAACAAUCUUUUGAUGUUGAAUUAAUCUAUGAAUACAAGUAUUAACUCUAUACAGAAAUUUAGAUUAAGGAUUAUCUCAAAUGUUUUCAUAAUGAAAAUGAAUUGAUAAGUCUGAUAUUUGAAACUAUUCUUCAUUACCUUAUGAUUAAUUAAAGAAAGUUUUUGUGUUUGUUCAUAGCUAGAGUGCUUUUAGACAACUGAUUCAACAAUAUUGUUUCAUUCUUAUUUCAACAAUUCUAGAAAUCUUUUUCGCAUAUUUUAUACCAUUCAUUAUUCAAAUGAUAUCUUUCACAGGAAUAUAUAAAUUAUUUGAUUCAUUUUUUAAAAGUUUACAAAAUCAUUCUUCCUUGCGAGAGAUUUCACCUUCGAAUGUCUUUUGGUAUUUUGUUUUGGUUGAAUGACACUGCUUAUCUCUAUGAACCAAAAACGCAAGGAUUUGAAAAUUUCGGUGAAUACUAAUGUACCCAAUUUUCUUAUCCUUAACGUUUCUAGAAUGUUAUUUUGAUAUUUUGUUUCUUAUUUUUCCAAAGAUUGGGCUGCAAAUUCAAAAUGUUCAUUUGAGGCCCGCAAAUCAUAAGUCACUUAUGUAGAUGUUCUUUGUAGAUAAUAUACGUCACACUCUGUUAGAGUAAGAACAUGGUUUAAUUUAAAUGUAUGAAGAUAAAAAGCUUGGAAUAAAUAUUCAGUUUUUGAUGUA